AUGCCCGUAUUUAUCCUUUUUCUUUUCCUUAAAUCCUAUGACAAAAAAAAUCGGAAAGGAUGGUUUGGUGAUACUAUUACACCGUUAAUAUUUAUAAAAAAAACAUACAAUGAAAUAAAAUAUAUAAGAAUAAAUUAA